AUGGCGUCGAACGUUCAGAACUCCGCCGAUGAAGCCAAUGGCCAGACCAAGACCACCCCGUGGCAUGGGUUAGGGGCGGCUGAAUUCGAUCUGCGAAGCGAUACCAUGACUAAGCCAACGUUAUCCAUGCUGGAGGCAAUCACCCACACCACCCUGCUGGACGACGUGUUUGGCGAAGACCCUACCACGAAUUCCCUCCAAGAUUACGUAGCACAACGAACCGGGCACGAGAGCGGCUUGCUGGUCAUGUCUGGUACGAUGGGCAAUCAGGUUGCGAUCCGAACGCACCUAACACAGCCCCCGUAUUCGAUCCUCUGCGACCACCGGUCACACAUAAUCCAAUAUGAAGCUGGUGGGGUUAGUAUGUGGACAGGAGCAACAGUCUACGGCGUUGUUCCUAAGAAUGGGCGUUACCUCACGCUGGAAGAUCUGCAGGCAAAAUUCGUGCCUGGAACCAACAUCCACUACUGUCCUACCAAAUUGAUCAGCCUGGAGAACACACUUGAUGGGAUGGUGAUGCCAUUGAGUGAGACUCGGAGAAUCGUAGAAUGGGCACACGCCAACAACAUCAAGGUCCACCUGGACGGAGCAAGGUUGUGGGAAGCAGUGGUUUCAGGUGCAGGCAGUUUAUCGGACUACGCCAGCCUCUUCGACAGCGUCAGUCUAUGUUUCUCUAAAGGUCUAGGGGCACCAAUUGGCAGCAUUAUCGUUGGUUCAAAGGAGUUCAUUGACCGAGCACGUUGGUUCCGCAAGUCCAUUGGAGGUGGUACUCGUCAAGCUGGUAUUAUUUCUGCUGCUGCCAGGGUUGCCGUGGAGGAGACGUUCGGGCCGGAUCCCAACGGGCAGGGAGGCAAGCUCAAGAACACCCAUGUGAAGGCGAAGGAGGUCGCAGAGAUGUGGACCUCUCGGGGCGGCAAGCUGACGUACCCAGUCGAGACAAAUAUGGUAUGGCUGGAUCUUGAAGCCGCAGGGUUGGGCCCAAAUGAUUUGGCGGAAAUUGGAAAGGAGAAAGGAUUACAACUGCUGGGCGGGAGACUCGUCAUUCACUACCACCUAGAAGAUCGCAUUAAGAUGUGUACAAGAAUUCAAGGAACGGAUAUCCAUCCAUGGAAUGUUCCCGCAGUAAGACAAAUCAGGCAAGGCGCGCCGUCGCUAGGUUCAGGAACCGCUUCCGCGGACUCGCACGGACCAGUCGAUGUUGAUGCCUGGGGACGCUUCGCCUCGCAGCAUAAAACCGGUCCCCUCCAUCAGGAUAGCUCGCCCUGUCGUUUCUCGGACGACGGCCCUGCCAGACAGCCGCGUGCCACGACUUCUUAUUCUGGUGCCGGAGCAUCGUCGUCCGCACCACGAACCAAGUCGUCGCGUUCGUGUUUGGAUGGCUGGCAGGGAAGUUUGGCCGACGACCCGUGUGGAGAGUAUACAAAGGUGAUUGUAGACAGUCGAGCGAUGAAUGUUCCGUCCUGGGAUCGUUUCCUUGCCGUCGACCAGGCCUUCACGCGUCAAUGA